CAUUUCUGAUUCUGAGGGAGCUUAGGCUAUUGAUUCUUGGGUGUCUGUUCGUCUGCUUUUUGUAGUCACAAGAUGGCAGGGAAUCCCAACGUUUUGAGGGGGCUUCUCUUGAUUUGCUUAAUAUACAUAGCAAUGGCAAAUGCAAAUUAUUAUAAAUACAAAGACCCAAAACAGCCAUUAGAAGUUCGGAUAAAUGACCUGCUAAACCGGAUGACUUUGGAGGAGAAAAUUGGCCAAAUGGCGCAAAUUGAACGCGGUCUAGCUUCUCCAGAGGUCAUGAAGAAGCACUUCAUAGGUAGUGUACUAAAUGGAGUAGGAAAUUCUCCAGCUCUGAAGGCUUCACCGGAGAUUUGGAUUAACAUUGUGAACACACUUCAAGAGGGUGCUUUGUCGACUCGCCUCGGCAUACCGAUGUUGUUUGGUAUUGAUGCUGUUCAUGGAAACAACAAUGUCUACAAUGCAACCAUAUUUCCUCAUAAUAUUGGUCUAGGCGCUACCAGGGACCCUAAACUUGCAAAGAGGAUUGGAGCAGCAACUGCACUUGAAGUUAGAGCAACAGGCAUUCCAUAUGCUUUUGCACCUUCUGUAGCUGUUUGUAGAGAUCCAAGAUGGGGCCGUUGUUAUGAAAGCUUUAGUGAGGAUACCAAGAUUGUCCAAGAAAUGACUGAGAUGAUACCUGGACUGCAAGGGGACAUACCUGCUAACUCUCCAACAGGAUUUCCCUUCGUCGCUGGAGAGAAAAAGGUUGCAGCUUGUGCAAAACACUAUGUGGGUGAUGGCGGGACUACAAAUGGCACAGAUGAAGGUGACACUGUGAUAAGCAAAGAGGGGUUGUUCAGUAUUCACAUGCCACCCUUCCAUGAUUCGAUCAAGAAGGGCGUGAUGACUAUCAUGGUGUCGUACUCCAGCUGGAAUGGAAAGAAGAUGCACACUCACCGGGAGCUUAUCACCGACUACCUCAAAAACACUCUCCAAUUCAAAGGCUUCGUCAUCUCUGAUUGUGAAGGCAUUGACAGGAUUACUUCUCCACCUCGUGCUAACUACUCGUAUUCCAUUCAAGCAUCGAUUAAUGCUGGCCUUGACAUGAUCAUGCUACCACAGAAGUACAUGGAGUUCAUCGACGGCUUAACCUUGGAAGUGAAGAAUAAGAUUAUUCCCAUGAGCAGAAUUGAUGAUGCGGUGACGAGAAUUUUGCGGGUGAAGUUCCUCAUGGGUCUAUUUGAGAAGCCGUUUGCAGAUUUUAGCCAAGUUCAUGAGCUUGGCAAAAAGGAGCAUAGAGAGUUGGCCAGGGAAGCUGUGAGAAAAUCACUAGUGCUGCUAAAAAAUGGUGAAGCUGACAACAAGCCGCUGCUACCCCUUCCCAAGAAGACGCCGAAAAUUCUAGUUGCAGGCAGUCAUGCACACAAUCUGGGUUAUCAGUGUGGUGGUUGGACUAUUGGUUGGAAUGGAUUAGGUGGUAACGAUCUCACAACAGGUAGUACAAUCCUCAGUGCCAUAAAAGAUGCAGUUGAUCCAUCGACCGAAGUGGUGUACAAUGAGAAGCCUGAUGCGAACUUCGUUGCGUCAAAUGAAUUCUCGUACGCCAUCGUUGUGGUGGGAGAAUAUCCUUACGCAGAGACAGUCGGAGACAACAAGAACUUGACAUUACCAUACCCCGGACCAGACACCAUUACAAAUGUUUGCGGAGCCGUGAAAUGUGUUGUUGUACUCAUCACGGGUCGUCCGCUUGUGAUUCAACCGUAUCUUUCACAGAUAGAUGCCCUUGUUGCUGCAUGGCUUCCUGGAACUGAAGGCCAAGGUGUUGCUGAUGUUUUGUUCGGAGAUUAUGGUUUCACCGGAAAGCUUCCCCGCACGUGGUUCAAAACUGUUGAUCAACUCCCCAUGAACGCCGGAGAUCUACACUAUGACCCACUCUUCCCGUUUGGAUUUGGCCUCACUACAAAACCUAACAAUAACCAAAAUUUAUUCCCCAUGUACUCUAGAAAACGAUUUGUUAGUUCGUUUUGAAUAAAAUGAACAAAAAACAAAAGAAAAAUUGAAAUUGAGA